AUGUUCUAUCUCGCCGACAUCGGCGGGAACCAGGCGCUCGACGCCUUCUACCUCCUGAUCAUGGGCGUCUUCGUCUUCUUCAUGCAGGUGCGCGGCGCCCCGAAAGCGCGCGCCGAAACGCAGUACUCACCUCCCGAUCGCCCUCGCAGCGCCAUCAUCUGGUGGGCGUGGGGCAUGGGCGUCGCGUACGGCGACUCGGGCACGGAAGACGGCAACGUCUUCAUUGGCACCGCAGUCGGCGG